GAUUCACAAAAGACAUGGGAAAGCUUCAAGCAGGUCUGCAGGAGCUGAAUGUCAGAUUCACAAAAGACAUGGGAAAGCUGCAAGCAGGUCUGCAGGAGCUGAAUGUCAGAUUCACAAAAGACACGGGAAAGCAGCAAGCAGGCAUGGAGGAGCUGAAUGUCAGAUUGACUGAGGAGGUGGGAAAGCUGCCGGCACGUGUGCAGAAGCUUCAAGCACCUUGCCCCGGUUGGUACAAAAUGGGGAAUGGAAUCUGCUACAAGGCCUUCAGGAUAGAAAAAACCUUCAGCGAUGCGGCCGAGACCUGUCGCAAAGACGGCGGCACCCUCGUCAUGCCCCGAGACGUUGACACCAACGAAUUCCUGGUCUCACUGCACAACAAUCACGACUAUGAGCGCUACUGGAUCGGCCUGCACGAUCAGCGCGAAGAGGGAAAGUUUGAGUGGGUGGACGGUUCUGCACUUGGUGACUUCAACCACUGGGCUCCGGGAGAACCUGAUGGCUCCGGUGAUUGCGUCUAUUCCGACACAGAUCAGAAGUACGGCCAGUGGCUGAACGGUCCAUGUUCCAGCGAGUUUCACUUCUUCUGCCAAGUCGCUCUAGCAAAAGGAAACCCUUAGUGACUCCGUAGAAAUGUGUGUCACUCCCGAAUGCCGCGUUGAGAGUCGUCAAAUGAUUUUGGAAACUCUAAAAGCCUCAGGACUGAAAGACGUCACUGAAAAAGCGGGUUCUUGUCAUGCCCUGAGAAAGGAAGAAUUAUGACGUAUUGAAUAUUGGACAAGAAACAUGUAACGUAGAUGUGCUUUAUGCAAUUGUUUUUGAGAUUUAAUGAUCCAAUCUAUACAUAUGGUCAGAUCAUUGUAUGGUUCACGCUAAUGAGCCUUAAUGAUAAGCUUGUUUUAGCUGUAAAUUAAUACAUGGUAUUUAGAGUCCAUUCCAAGUCACCAUGAGGGUUUUAGGUGAUAUUUGUGAUAAGUCUGAACUAUUUUCAAUUAAAGAAUAUGUA